AUGUCGAUGGGUGCCAAGUACUUAAGGAGGCACGUUUUUGUACUCCAGAAAGUCAAAAAUGGGAAUCUUUGCCUCUAUCAUCCUCAUUUAAUGCGAAAACAAACUCUGAUAAAAUAGGGAAAGGGGACAUUCUUCUUGUGCCUGCAUGCUGUGGAAGUUUGUGCAAAUAUAUGAUGGUGGCUUCUGGUAGAGCAUCAGUUUUUCUUCUUCGUGCAACAACCAGAAAAGUUAUGAAGAAAAUCUCUGGCUAUGCCCCUGCUUGGGACCAUGCUGUCGGAAUCAUAUGUGUUCAUGAAGCUGGGGGAAAGGUGACUGACUGGGAAGGAAGUUCAAUUGAUUUUGCUGCAGAUCAAAUUGCACGGAGAACUAUAUUUCCUUCUGGUGGUUUUCUCGUGACAAAUCAUAGGUUACAUAACGAGAUACUUGGAUUGAUCUCCUCCAACUCACCAGUUAUUUGAUGGAAUUCAGCAUUCUUGUCAUUCAUAGCAGACAUAGCGAGAUGGUCUGACUAAUCGCUUCCACUCCAUCAAAUUGAUUAAUUGCACUGGGCAUUCUUGUGACAAAUUAUACCUCAAGUAUUAAUCAAUGUCAGUAUAUUGACUUUGUUUAUUAGCAUACUUGCAUUCUUUGGGCCUCAAGUGGCUCAGUUCAACUUAAAAUCCUUUAAGCAGUGAAUUUUCAUAAAGAAUGAUUCAUUUAUUGGUGUACACUGAAUAGGUAACACUGCCGAAGUGCAUUGUCAUUAAUUCUUUCAUCAGAAGCUGUUGCAACACAAGGAAUGUUACCCGUUUAUUGUUUUUAUUUAUUCAAGUAGGAUUUCUGAGUCCGGAAAAUGUUGUUCAAACAGCUUCGUGAUUGAAACAGACUGCAUUAUCACCUA